AUGGCGGAAAAAGAAGCCAUUGAAGAAGCUCAUAGCAAGCUUCGAUCCAAGUUCCUUCAAGUAAUUCGUUUUAGUACUAGACGACGAUGUGAAUUUUUCCCCAUAGUUCGUCGUUAUAAGAAAGCGGUGAGUCGUUUGUAUGAAAACUCUCCUCCAACGAAGGAAGAGAUGGAGAUAAUGGAAUCGUGUCCGAAGAUGGAGACAGAGAACCUUGAAGAGUUGCUUCAGGAGGAGAACUUCUACUUGGUUAUGAACUGGCCAACUGGUGAAUGGGAUGAUGAGCUCUGGGAGGGCGAGAAUGAGAAUUUGGAGUAUGAAGCUCACUCCGGAAGAAGGAUACAAUGGCUGCCGGUGGUGAUUUAUAAAUUAAAGGAAAGCGAUGAAAGCGAUGAGGAGAAGAGAAGGCCAGCGGUUGUUUUUCUUCACAGUAUGAACAAAAACAAAGACUUCUUGCGUCCAUUGCUUAAGGCGUAUGCUUCGCGGGGAUAUGUAGCAAUUUCGGUGGAUACAUGUUACCAUGGAGAACGUGCCACGAACACACAUGCCUACAGAGAUGCACUUACUUAUUCGUGGGCUUCAGGUAAAUCGAAGCCAUUCAUAUAUGAAGUGGUGUAUGACUUGAUGAGAUUGGCAGAUUUUCUAACAGAAGACAGAGACGAUAUAGAUCCUUCUAGAAUAGGAAUCACCGGAAUAUCACUUGGAGGAAUUCAUGCAUGGUUUGCUGCACUUGCUGAUACUCGCUAUUCUGUAGUUGUUCCUCUUAUUGGUGUUCGGGGAUUUCGAUGGGCCAUAGACAACGAUCAAUGGAAGCCUCUGGCUGAUGACAUGGAGGUUUUGUUUGACGUGGCUCGUCAUAAUUUGGGUAAAGAUCGUGUUGACAAAGAAGUAGUGGAGAAGGUAUUUGACCGUAUUGCUCCAGAUUUAACUUCCGAAUAUGAUGCGCCCUAUUCAAUUCCAGCUAUAGCACCACGUCCAUUGCUUAUUAUCAAUGGUGCGGAAGAUCCACUAUGUCCCGUUGCUGGCUUGGAAGUUCCAAUAUCAAAGGCUACUCAGGCAUACGAAGCGUUUCAGUGUUUAGAUAAUUUUAAGUUUAUUGCAGAAGCUGGAGUUGGACACCAAAUAACGAGAUUGCAAGUGAAGGAAUCAUGUGAUUGGUUUGAUAGGUUUUUAAAGCCUGAUACUUAGUGUCCUCAAAAGUGUUGAUGAAUUA